ACCAGCUGGUGGUAAUUUAAAAAAAAUGAAAAAGGAAAUAUGCGUCCAAAAAAAAAUUUUAAAACGAAUUUCCAUUUGUCCAGUCUCGUCUCGUCUACUUCGAUCUGCGGCUGUUCUUUUUUCUCUUUUUUGUAUUUUCUGGCGAAUUUCUUCCCUUAAAUCUUGGGCAAAGGAUUUCCAUUUUCUGGAAACACCCAAGAGAGAAAAAGGGGAAUUCAAACAAAAAAAAAAAAGGGUUAAAUAAAUGUAAGCAAUGUCGAGACCUUGGCUACUCGUUUUUAUAGUAUUUUUAAUAGUGUUUACUUCUCAGUUAGAAUGGAAGCAGCAAUUUGGCGAAGAAAUUGAGCCAACUCCCACUGUUUCUCUCAAAGAUCAAUACGUUUCGAAACGCCAAGAAUCCGUCAAAGAAAAGAUCAUACUUUCUCAAGAAAGGAAUAUUCAGAAACUGAAUGAGCUAGUGAGGAGUCUUCAGGAACAGUUGAUACAGUGUAAGGCUGAAAAUGAGAUUAUCAAUGGCUCUGUGUUUGCUUUGAAUGAACAUUUAACUGAGCUUGAGCAGCAACCAAUGUUGGAUGACUAGUAUUGUUGGCUCACAUGCCAAUAACAUCAAUACUGUUUGGUAUGUGCAAGUAGAUAGACCUUGGUUUCUUUUGUUUUCCCUUUUUUAUAGCUUCACAAUGAUCAUUGUUUCAGUUGACUUACGGCACGUUACAUGAAACUCUGAAUAUAUCUUGUCAACAUUUCAUGGAUGCUUGAUGUCAAUGUGCUUUAUAAUCUUCUGGAGUAAAGUGUCCUAUCUCAAAGUGAUUUUGCGGUUCAAAUCAUGGCAGUUAGUGUCCUGAAUUGAGGUAGAAAGGGAAGUCCGUUUGAUGGAAAAUGGAAGGAAUAUGUGAAAUAAAUACUGCACAUGGUAUGAAAAUAUAGAAGUAUGAACAUUAAAUUACUAGAAUAUGAUUUUGUUCAUAAUUUAAAGUAAACUGUGUUAAAUGGUAGGAAACUUUUAUAUAGUCCCUCUAUUUUCAAUUCCUAUAAAUUGUCUCUAUUUUUUUAUAUACACACCAAAUUAUACUUGAGUUGUAUUACAAGAUAUUUAUAUGUAUUGAGUUGAAACUUUCCU